AUGCCUCAAGAUACCCAGCAGCCUACCGAGCACAAGAAGUCCUUAUUCGAGAACAUCCUCCACCGCCACCCCAAGCAUGGAAACGAGGGCCAGACCGCCGAGGACAUGCCACAGGGCAGCGAGGGUGAGCUUCGUUCCGAACUGAAGAAGGAGGAGGAAAGCCUCAAGCAAUACUUCAAAGAAGAUAAGCAACUCGAAGAAGAAGGUCAAACCUAUGGAGGCUUGAUGUAG